UUGGACUGGCCCGACCUGGGGGCGGCAGAUUUGUGCUUAUGGCCAGUCGACCGACCCUGGUAGACACCAAAUGCAAGAAAUGCAGCUACCCGUGGGGGACACACUGGUAACGACCGGGGCAGGACAGCUGCUGAAGGAACCUUCGACUGCUCCCAUGGUGACAGGACGCUGUGUAACCUUCAACUACCUAGGUAGCCCAACGAUUGAAGGUACACCUUCCAAUAUGAGGUAUCGUCUGCGUGCUUGGGGCAACUUGCGACGCCGAGGCUCAAAUAAGUACAAGUUCCACAGGUAUUGACAUUAUCUGACGAGCACUCACACGAGUGAGGACCUUGUUUUCUUGUCUGAAGAGGAUUCUCGACUGCCCACGGUGACACGGAGGUUUUCAGCAUCUGCUCCCUUUAUCUUUUUCCCCCCUUCCAUUCCGCCGACCUCCUCCUUCGUCACUAUCGCUUUACUCGGGCUCGCUGUCUCCCUACACCAUCCUGACCUCCACCAUUGGAUCUUUGGGUAUUUGCUGUGGGUGCAGAGGGAACUCAAUAUACCUUGCAUAUUCUGGUGCCACACCUCCGCGGUGGCCUUCCUCCCAAACGGCCUUUUCUAACAUCGCAGCUGCAACUUGACGCGACUCUCGACAUUGAGUGUCCAACAGAUAUUGCGGGCAAAAGCGGUACCGGACCAGAAGAAGUGCAAUAAUAACCUGUCCUCGUCACAACUAUUGCCAGCUGGAAUCCGCACAACAACGUGACAGCUCUUCUGUUUCGCUCAGCGAGAUCAUUGCGUUCUUGUUUUACACACCAGGCACUGUGGGGGACCUAUGUGCGUAUUUUCACGCCGUGUCUUAUCAGCCGGGCCUUGCUUUACCUGGGAACCGUCUGCUAGGAGGAGCCGCUGGAUACACAGGGCUGUACCAUCAAGCCAACCUGUCAGCCAGAUCAUACAAGCAGCGACAAACACACAGCAGCUGGGCCGACUCGCCCGUCAGCUGGCCUCUUCGCACCAGAGUGGACCAAGAUCGGCUUCGGUUGGACCUUGCACGGUUCCUAAGGCUCUCUGGCCUGUCUCGUCUCGCCUCGACAACCUUGUCCGCAGCUGUCUGGCUGCCUGCCUCCCACCCUCGCCUACCCGCCUGUGUCCUGACGAUUUCGAAGGCCUCUCUGCAUCUUACAUGCCCCUGUGCGCCGCCCUCGCUUUGGAUUGCCCCAUUCUGCCCUGUACCCCUGAAUAUUGAAGGCCACUCACUUCAAGCCAGCCAAGCCAAGCCAGCCGUCUCUCAAUAAACGACUUGUCUCGACGUACCUGCUCUGGUAUUCCAACAAAUAGCCAGCAAGUAUUGUUCAAGGCUCGCAAGUCCUGGGGACCUCGCUUUCCAUCCUCUUCCUCACCAACCCGAUCACACUCGCAGAGACACCCGGACUUGUAUAUUAACAUGGUGUCCCGGGCCUACUACCCCCCUCCGCCUCCGCACCCUCACGAAGGUGCGAGAUAUCUUCCAAGCCGUUCAUGCGCGCCCUACUACUCAUAUCCGGAACGUCGAUACCAGCUUCCCUCCCACGACGCUCGUUCUAUGACCAUGACGGACCCCCAGACUGAUGAAACAACACCACCGCGGAAGCGAAUCGCUGUUGCUUGUGGGCGAUGCCGCAAGCGCAAGAUCCGUUGCAGUGGAGAUCCAGGCGGUGGACUACCGUGCGUCAACUGCAAGAACGCUGGCGUCGAUGCCUGUCUCUUUCUUCGGGUCCAAUCCCAGGAGGCGCCCAUGCGGGAGGACAGUCGGUAUGACUACAACAUCGACGUUUCUCGCACAUUGGCGCAGCGCAGCGCGGGGCCUGUUACGCAGAUCAGUUCUUCCAUGGCCCAUUACCCCCAAGAUAUGCAUAUCCUAAGCUCGGCGGCCAUCCCUUCGUCUUAUAGAAGCGCUAGCUACACCAACAUGGGCACAAAAGGCUACUAUCCCCUUGGCGCGGACUGGGGAGAUGCGUAUAGCGCAGAUUCAGCUGUUGGCGACUACAGUCUCGGUGUUCCACAAUACCAGGUGAUUGGCAGUGACGCGUCGAACAUUGUUCCCAGCUAUGGACAUUGGAGUGCCCGCCAAAAGAGCAUCGGACAAAAUGGCAGCGUCUACGUUGACACCGAGUCCGCUUACCCAUACGGCAAUGGCACCAGCACUGGUCUUGUUCAUAGACCAGCUUCCUCACUGCCUCCUGAUACCUCUGCAUACUCCUUGGUGGGGAUCGCUGCAUCACUCCCUUCCGCGGGAAACGAGCGCCAUCUGCCAAAUCCGGCAGCCAUUUCACGAGCUAUGGGCAGCUCGUCUGCCCCUUAUCGGCUUGACGGUCUCCCAACAGGGUACGGCAGCACAAAAGCGAGCCAAAACUCGGUUCCUGGCAGCCAGGCUUCACCAACAUCCCCAAUUCCUGAUGUGACUGCGGCGGCUGCAGCAGUGGGAUACGCGAGCUCCUAUGACUACGCCUCGGUGGGUAGGUCUUCGCAACAGCAUGGCAGCAGCUCCUCAGAUGCAUACGGAUCUGUGUCAACAGGGAGCAGCGAGACUAUAUUUGGAGAGCAAGACCGCAGCGCGGCGUCCCAGGGGUCAGCCGUUGACCUUACUGGGUACACAUACGGGGCCGCGAGCCCGGCAGAUGCUUCGAGCCUGCGGCGGGCCUCUUCCGGGUCCGGAUUGACGACUCGAUCGGCGGCAGAGAGCAGCGUCAGCACCGGAUACGCAGCCAGUGAUGGGACAUCAGCUAUCGGCUCAGGGAACUUCCAUGGCUCGUCUUCAUCCCAUGUGCACCAUCAUCGUCAGCACCAUGGGCAAUCCCACCACGCUUCUACACGUCACACGAGUCACCACCACACCCAUCCGCAUCAACUUCCUGCCCAUGCCGUGACGGGUAACACCGCCUACGGGGAAGUUUCCGGAGGUGGCAGCAACCACAGCAAUGGAGUCUCUGGUAGCGUCGGUGGCACAACGGUUACAGACAGCCACCGGUCUACAAUCGUGUCUCGACGAUAAUUAGAUUGAAGGCUGCCCAGGCUCGCAGUUGUUGCUUCGACACUCCCACACCCGUGCUUCCUACCGCCCCACUCCAUGUGUGUUUACAACGCGACACGCAGUCUGUCGUGACGCAACGGGGACAGACCCAGGGAAGAGUCAUGAGACAAUGGAACGGAAAAGGUGUCGACAGGCAACUGCACUGCCUCUGGCCAACAGCAGACUACCGGGCCUUGAUUAUACAUGGCAUGGCCGCUAGCAAGAGUAUCACUCGCCCACUCUUGUCUAAUACAUCUUUGAGGGCCUUUCGAGGAACAUGUGUGUUAUGUCUGUUCUGUUUUGAUUUGAUGGUGAAAAAUAGGAAAAGAGUCGGUACGGCGAUCACCGCCUGAACAGCAAAGAGAUGUAUGAGAGGUGGCUGUCCGGAACAGCACGUACUGCAGAAUUGAUUGGCGAAGAUCCGAGAGAUAUCCCACGCGGGCCAUGAUUCAUUCAGGGGUUGGGAUGGAGGGGUGGAUGAUCACCUGUCAGGCCAGAAAUCUGUCAUCGCGUUUCGCUGUCUGAGGGCUGUCAAGUCAGGGGCGAAGGGGCCCAGCCUAUUCUGUGCAGCACACUUCGCGGACGACCCGCAUGGGCUACCCAUCGCUUUUGUCAAUGAUAGACCGGUCAGUCCCAAGACCUGGGGAGCCCAAUCGCCGUGUUCUGCACCUGAUCUUUCGCAGUUCCUCUUGGAGUUCGGCACUGUGUGCUCAGUUUGGCCCGCGCUUGCGGCGACCAGUUGCGUGCAAAUACAACACGAGAGCUGGGCUCGACUCGGCCUCGACACGGCAACAUGCCUCGAGGGUUGAAGUGGCACUUUCUGCACACGUCGACGACUGGCCAGCACUGCUCCCGACCUAGGCUGCGAGAGGCGCGCCACAAUAAACCGGAAACUUGGAGCACGGUGCGACACUGCCUUCCCACCUCUGUCAGCCAUACCACGGGCCGGAUUGCUAUUUUUGGGCGGCGGCCAUGUUCGGGCUGUGCCUGACGUUUCGUUGUCGGGGCGUAUGCGGAUUUCUCUGCCCAAGUGCCGACCGGUGAGGCCUUCACAUGGUACCAUGCGCCCAGCCAGGGCCCGCGAGCAACGUCAAAGCUGCCGGACGGAGAUCGACGCGGGCUGAUCAAAGGGGCUCGCACCAGGAUAAAGUGCUUACAGGCUUGACACUGACAUCUGCAAUGGCACAUUCCCUUCGGAGCCAAGGGCCCACCAACCCCCAGCACAGCAAUCUAUCCGACGGCGUGCGCAUAUGCAUUCCGGGAGGCUCAGGUCGCUUCACGCCGACUGCCGUCCGGUUGGCACCACCAGACCGAACUGGGGGCCGGCCUUCCUGGGCCUCUCAAGACCCCUCCAAUGGCAGCCCACGCGGGUCAUCGCACGCACCCAUGCCGUGUACCCUGCCUGGCCUUGGGGGAUUUCGACACGGGGCAACCGGACUGGGGUCACAAGGCUUCACACGAUGCCCGACAGGCGCUGCACCAUUCCGAAUGGGUGACAUGAUGCUGUCGUGCCCUCCCCAUCCCAAUUCAUGUAAUCACUCAUUUUCAGCCCCCAACCGCCCCUUCAAGUUCCCCCAACCCCUCUGCAGUUUUCGAUUCUCGUGUCAGGUCUUGACCAGCUGUAUCGGGCCUAUACAUGCGAACUUCUGUCCUGUCCCCCCCCCCCCCCGCGAGACGACGGCAGUCGGAGCCUGGCGAUUUGAUUGCUCGCCUUGGUUGCUGUUUCCGGCUCGUGCUUCUGCGGAAUCUUGUUCUUCUUGUCGCCAUUCCAAGUUUUGUCCCUUUAAAACAUUGUAUCCCGGAGUCAGCCACUUUUGUUCACAUGCCAUCCCCGCUCACUUUCUCUCACAUGCCUCCGAACGAGCAACAUCAAUUCCCAGGGCAUCCUCAUGUUGCAUUUACGUCAUAGAGCCAGCCAGCCACCAGGUCCCUUGCUCCCACCUAUUGGGAGGUGUGUUAGCACAUAUUGUGUCUUGUGUCAUUGUUUUAUCCUCUUCCCUGUUUUCACCAGCAAUCCGCGGUUCGCUCAGUGUGAGAGCCUGGGUUGACGGUCUAAUUCGCUUUAAUACCUUUUAAUGCUCUGCUUCAGCCGAUACCGAGUGGCAUAAAAGCCCUUGGUCGUGUUCAAAUGUUGAGAAUGGGGUCGGUGGUGGAGGGUACGGGAUCCGGAAAAUUGGAGUGAUCACUGUCUUGCUUGUGCUUCGUGUUGUUUUCUUCUCCUUACUCUUUACCUUUUCUCAACCGGUAUCAUGGCAAUUUGGGGGAAGAGGUGGCAAAACCCGGGGCAAAGAUUCAGGCAGUCCAGGGCGUUUCCGAGCGACGGCUAUGAUAUUACACUGAUAUUGCACAGCAUUGUGCGCGCUAGGGGUUAGAGGGGGAGAGGGGAAAUGGCAGAUCAGAGCAGGGCCGAGGCGAUGGGAAAAGACUGUUCUUCUCUAAACCAUUCAUUUGCUUAGUACCACGUUCGAUUCCACCUCCAGAUUAGCCCUUGGUAACAGGGCGCGAGGUUCGUCUUUUUCCUUGUCCUCUGAUUCCUCUUCGCACGUCAUCGACAACCUCUGAGCCCUGCGGUGAAACUCGUUCGUUGCCAUCGUCUCAAAGUCCACUCACGGCACUCUUUGCACAUCUGGCCAACACAACUCUGUCGCUCAUGGAUUGGGAAGUCAGCCCAUUCGGAUUCUUAUUAUCUCAGAGAACCAAAAGGUUGUGUGUUGGUCUCUUCGAGGCCAAGCAGCCACAUUCACAUUCUGACGAGGGAAAACUGUUUGGCAACCCACCACUUGAGGAACAUUGCUUCAGUUUAGAACGCAUCAAUGGGUCAGCCCAAACCAACAUUUUCCAAUUUAGCUAGUCGGAUGAAGCAUAGUUAGGUAGAAUUUGUAUUCGACUAUUUAGGUAAACUUUUC